CAUAAAUAAGUAUAAGUCAUUUCGUAUGUCAGUUUGGUAGUUGUUAAAUCUAGACAUUUUAAAUAAAAAUUGGGAAAGAUGUUUAUUAAUUUAUUUCAUAUUGUAGCCAUAUUCUUAUAUUGUAGUGUCAUUCACGCACAGCCACAAUGGAAUACACGAGAUUUCAUGAAAAGGGAGCACUCUUUAAUAAAACCAUACUAUGGUUCGGGAUUAGAUAUUCCUUUCUGGCACUUUAUUGGAAGUACAAUUGUUACCCCAAACUAUAUACGUCUUGUUGAUGAUUCCCAAAGUAAAUGGGGUGCUAUAUGGAAUACUGUUCCUGUUACCAGCAGAAACUGGGAUAUCCAAGUUCAUUUUAAAGUCCAUGGUAAAGGAAAGGAUCUCUUUGGUGAUGGAUUUGCCAUUUGGUAUGCUAAGGAUAGAUUAACCACUGGUCCUGUGUUUGGUAGUAAAGAUAUGUUCCAAGGGUUAGCGAUUAUUCUAGACACAUAUAGCAACCAUAAUGGUCCGCAUAAUCAUCAACAUCCAUAUAUUUCUGCCAUGAUUAACAAUGGUAGUUUAUCUUAUGAUCAUGACAGAGAUGGUACUCAUACACAAUUGGCUGGAUGUGAGGCUAAGUUCAGAAAUUUUGAUCAUGAUACUCACAUAUCAAUUAGAUAUGAAAAUGAUGUGUUGACAGUAUCCACUGAUUUAGAGAAUAAGGCUGCUUGGAAGGAAUGUUUUCAAGUGAAAGGUGUGAAGUUACCUACAGGAUAUUAUAUUGGAGCAUCAGCUACUACAGGGGACUUAUCAGAUAAUCAUGAUAUUAUGUCUGUAAGGCUUUUUGAACUUGAUCUUGGAAUUGAGGAGGAUACUGGUGAAGACAGAUCAAAAAUCAUCCCAUCAGCUAGCUAUUUUGAAGCACCUAGAGAUCAUGUUGAUGAUCCCAAACCAUCCGGUAUGUCUGGUGUCAAAUUGUUCUUCUUAAUGCUCCUAGGUAGUAUAGGAAUAGUAACGUGUAUAGUCUUGGGAAUAAUGUUUUACCAGAAACAACAAGAAAAGAGCAGAAAAAGGUUUUAUUAAGAUAGUUUUUUUAAAUAUUGGUGGUUGUUUAUGUCAUCCUGCCAUUUGUAUUUCAACAGGUGGGCCAGAGAAAUAAUUCUAUUUGAAAAUGUCUGCAUAUACACUGGCACUAUACAGUAAGCGCCACGCUACUAGAUACAUGGGUAGGUAGCUAAUUUUAUGCUUAUGGGCUAAUCCGGUCCGUUCUCAGAUGUGACUUUCAUCUCUGUCAUGUUACUGUCAAGAAACUAUUCAAAAUAAUUAUUUUUCCAUACAAAAAAUACAUUAAUUAAUAGUAAUAUUGUUAUUCUGCUUUAAAAUAACUUUAUUCAAACACCAAGAAUAUUACAGUACUUUAGAACUUUUACAACUUUAACUAAAUUACAGCUAUAAACGUCAAAUACAACUGAUCUAUUAUUUGUCAACUUUCUAUGUUAAUAUUCAGUUUCUAUACAUUUUCUGACGUUCUAAACGUCACUACAAGUGAAGGGUUCAGACUGUAAUAGCUCAAUGUUUAUGUAUCUAGUAGGGUGGCGGUUACUGUUUGUCGCGUUAUAGUCUAUUUUUUCUUGUAACACAUAAUUUAUUUCCCCUCAUUUAUCAAUAGUUCGCUUCAAACAAUUGAAACAUAUUGUGUUCCCUGUUUAAAUUUCAAGUUCUUUUCAAAUAUUUUAAUGUAUAAAGAAAUAACAAUUUUUUGUUCGAAUUUAACAUGGUACACCAAACAGUUUUUUAUGUACUUUAAAACAAAUGUAUGCAUCACAAUAUUUAGAAUAACAAAUAAUUAAAUUAGCGUUUAUAUCAACCAAACAUCGUCAUCACAUGAAAUCCUAUAAUUUUGGUUAAGUAAUUAUAAAAGUAAAGUGAUAUAAGGAAGUAUUUUCAGAACAAUAUUAACAUAUUGUAUUUGUUCUAAAUAUUUGGACUUCGCAUCUCUUCAAAAUUAGUUUGAACAUAAUCUACUCUAGACAGAUCUACUAAAUAUUUUUUGUAUGGUCUCUUGAACUCAAUGUUAUUUAGUAAUAUGUUUGCUCUCCUCGGACUGUUUAUAUCAAAUUUUAUUGCAUCGCUUAGGUGCAUUCCACAAUACACCAUGUAAACCGGCUAUCGGUCUUAAGGCUGUAUGACACUAUGCAUUUUCUUGUAUCAUUUCUAAUAUCGUUUCUGAUAUCGUUUCUUGUAUACAUUUUCUUGUAUCAUUUCUUGUACGUACAUUUGUGCCUUGUAUGACACUAUGCAAGUUCUUGUAUCGAAAAUUGUAUGAAAUUCGGCACGUGAUUGGUCGAUAUUUUGUUUGUCACCCCGUGUCACGUUAUGGUAGUACUGCAUCUACAUCUACAGCUGAUUUUAAGGAUUUUAUAAAAUUUAUAAACUUUUAAUUAACAUUUUAAUGUUAAAAUUAGGAGCUAUUGUAUUUUGUAAAAAAUUAUGCACCAUGAAACCUAAAUUUAUAGUUUGAACUUUACUAGGAGCUAAAUAUAUGGUUAUUAGUAGAACAGUAGUCCAUACCAAACGGUAUAUUAAGUAUCAAUAUAAGAUUUAUAAAUAAUACCUACAAAAACACAAAUAAAUUCAUCAAUACAUGAUCUCAUUUUCAUUUCCGACGCCAUUAUGAGUGUAAUUAUGACAUUUUAGAUGUUUUACCAGCAGGUUUCACGUUUUUGCUCUUUGCGCAGAAAUUGGCGCAGUUCUUGUACAAGAAUCUGUGUCUGACUCAAAUUCUUGUAUCGUUUCUGAUAUCGUUUCUUGUAUCUGUGUAUGACACUAUGCAUUUUUUGACAUAUCAGAAACGAUAUUAGAAAUGAUACAAGAAAAUGCAUAGUGUCAUACAGCCUUUAAAGUACCAUGUGCAGUUCGAGAGUUGACAAUCAUCAACUGAUUUUUAUUUUACUACGUUUUUAUAUACUUCGCAUGUUCUUUGGUCUCUUUGUCACUUUGUCCGGAAAAAAUCUUGGAAUCGAUUUUAAAGAUACUCCCGACUAGCUACAGAUCUGAAAUUUUCAGAAUAGCUCAUAACUCAAUGACAAUGCAAUAUUCAACAGCUUUCACAUGGAUGCAUUGAGUUUUAUUUGGAAUUUUAAGUUAAGCCAUUUUAAAUUUUAUGCUGUAAAAUUAGUUCUCAUUUUUGUCAAAAGAUGGCGCUAUUAGCUUUUUCAAUAUAUGGUUUUCUCAGAUUACGUUACUUUCUAUGUCAUGUAAAAUUGUCUAUUUAUUUGUAACUCAUCGAUUACGAAAUUCUUUCAUGACAUAGGAAUUGAAACAAGAAAAUAGUUUAUAAUUUUAUAUUGGGUCCUAUAAAUAAUAAAAACUUGGUAUUAUAAAAUGUCUUUUAUAUAAAAGUGUAAUUAUUUAUAUUAUUUAUCUUUAAUACUGUUGUUUUGGAAUAUUUAAUAACCUACACUCUCUACUCAUUUUUCGAUUAUAAUAUAGUUGAUAUUUCUCAUGUCUCAUAUAGAGAGAAUAUAAUGUGUUCCCGGAUUACGUACAAGUAAGAUACCGAUAAUUUAAAAAUAUAUUAAUAAUAUGAAAUAAAAAUCAGAAGGGCAAACAUUGCCCCAAAUAAUUGUGCAUAAAUUUGUUUAAACCCUUUAUUUUCUGUAAAUAUAGUUGUUGCAGCUAAUAUUAAUUGAUGUAAUGUUUUUGUAUAUAGUGUUAACAAUUUAAAAGAAACUGUUAAUACAGAACGAACCAAAACUUGUUUAGUAAACUGUGCUCAGCAUCACUUUUGUCACGUUUGUCAAAAAUAUUAGCGGUUUGUGGGUACUAGACUCAUUUAUUGUUUUUUUUUGAUGGUAUAAAAUGUAUUGAUGUAUCUUAAUAUUAAUUAUUUUGUUAUUAUCUUUAUUAAGCUUUUAGGACGUCUCGAUGUUUUUUUACUUUUGUAACAUUUUCAAAUAGUAUUAUAAAAACUGGGGAUAAGUUAGUAAAUUAUUUGUUUGUGUCUUAGUUAACUGUUGUACCUGCUUAUCAUUUAAGAACAAAUAAAUUUUGCAUAUUUUGAUUUAAAAUACUGGUUUCUGUUUAGUUAUUUUCCAGAAUCAUUCAAUUAUAAAGAGUUACUCAUUACUCUUAUUAUCGAAAUAAAAUUAUAAAAAUAUCGGUUUGGGUAUACACAUCAGAAAUUUUAGGUAAUAAAAUUUAAAAAAAAAUACAUUUAUAUUCAUUACUGUUGUUCAUCUAGUAUUUCGAUACUAAUAUAUAACUCGUUAAAAGUAAAUAGGUAUAACAUAUAAUUGUUGUUGGAUUCAAUCUGUACAAAAAUAAAAAAAAACAAUUAUCUUCAAAAACUGCUUAUCUUGGCUAUCUAACACAUUAGCAUUUUAAUUUUCAAAUCGGAAGUCGUUAUCUGAAUGCAUAUUAUGUAAUUAUAAUUACGUCACUCUUAUUUUAAAAAUGAAGAUACAUAAUAUCAAAUUUAUUUUGGUGUUCUAAGAUCUAAAAUGUGACAUCGUCCAAGAUCAGCUGAUCGACUGUCAAGAAAAUUAUCAAAAUUGCGAAUAUUUCGCGAAAUUAACAUCAGAUCGAAAAACUGAAAAAUACGUGUUCAAUAUUUCGUCGGUGAUGUGACAAUACAAUAUAAGAGAGAUUUCAAACCUUUUUUAGGGUCAUCUCCUGUUUUCAAAUGUAAGUUUUGACUUGUUUUGUAGUAAAUAAAUAGUUGAAUUGACUAUAAAACAAGUCAAAAAAUAUCAUAUGAAAACAGGAGGUGACCCUAAAAAAAGUUUGAAAUCUCUCUUACAAAAUCAUGAAAAAGCAGAUAGGAGGUAUUGUCACAUCACCGACGAUUUACAAAAAUCCCCAGGGGGGAGGGGAAACUUUAAAAUCUUAAAUAUUAACUCAGCGAUAUUUCGCGAAAUGAACAUCCGAUCGAAAAACGGAAAUAUGCGUGUUCAAUAUUUUUCAAAAAUAAGGGGUUACUUUAAAUCUUAAAUAGGAGCCCCCUUUUUUAUUGCAUAUUUGGAUUCCUUACUUAAAAAUAAAUAAUUUUUAUUUGAGACAUUUUUUCGAAUUGUGGAUAGGUGGCGCAAUAAUCGGAAAAACAAUUUUUGCAAAUGGAACUAAAAUGGAAAACUUAACGUUUUUUAGUUCUAGGAUCUAAUGAUUUAAAACCCAAUAGGUCCCCAUGACACUUUAGCUACUGCAAAUUUAGCAUCCAAGCCUCCCCUACCAAGAGAAUUAAAACAAAACGUGGGAUAGGAGGUACUACCAAAUAUGGAGAGCUUCGAAAUAGGAAGAGCUUAAAAAUAAAGCUCCAAUUAACUUCCGCUAGAUGGCUCUGUGCAAAACUUUUAGUGUACACUUUGUAUCAAAACUGUUCCACAAUUGUUAUAUGGCCAUUCAUAUAAGAUUGGUUUUUCCUGAAUUGCAGAGACAUAUAGUAUCUUGGAUCGAAUUAAAAAUUUGAAAAGAAAAAUUUUACUACACUUUCGGAGAUUAUGCAGCCAAACUGCAAAAUAUACAGUAAAUCGGACGACGGACUGUAAUUCGGCAUUAAAAGUAUGUGGGAAAAAUUAUAAACCAGCAAGUUUUUACUUCCGGUUUUGAUUUUCAAUUUGAAAUCUUAACUUUUUUUUGGAAAAUAAGUUUAUAGAUGAUUUUGCCUAUCCAGUUACCAAAAAAAUUUAAUACCUCCUAAAAAAUAGUUCUUCACACAUGCGCCAUACUUGUGCCAAAUCGAGUAUUUUUUGUAUACACCAUAGGUGUUUAUAAAAGUGUAAUAUACAGUUGUGAAGCAUUAUUUGGUUCUACUACAGAUUAUUUCAAAUUGUUCCCAUUUUCAUCUUCUGUGCUAUAACAGUCAAGUAGUAGUGAAGAAAACUGUUACACUCGAAACACACACUAAGAAUUUUUAACGUGCGAUGGUUGAAAUAUACAUAGUCGCUCGACCAAUCAUAUGGAAUCUUUCUCCCUUCACCGAACGUUUCAAGCGGUGAAGAGAGAAAGAUUCCAUAUAAUUGCUCGAGCCACUAUGUGCAUUUCAACCAUCACAUGUUCAAAAUAAUUAGUGUGUGAAACAAGCGUUACGGAUUUGUAGAAAUGUCAUUCAUUUAUAUACACUCAAAAAGGGUUCACUCUGAUGUUUGGUAAUUUUUAUUUAAUUUGUGAAAACGCUAGAACAGGUGGAUUUUUUAAAAGGGGACGAUGUAGAUGUCUGUCAUUUGUUAACCCUCUCCCUUCCAAUACCACAAACCUUUAAUUUUAAAUAAGGAAUAUAUCAAGUGGCACAUCAUUAGACAGGUAUAUCGCGGGAGAAUUCAGAUAUCCAUGAUUUUUCCAUAUUAACUCUAUUCUUGUGAAAAAGUAUCAGUUUUUGAAAGUGUUGCACCUCUUAAAAACAGUCCAGCGAAAUACCUGUCUAAUGAUGUGCCGCAUAUGGUCUAUUCCCUAUAUGUAUAAAAUAAUGGUACUGGGAGGGAGAGGGAUUGGCACAUAACAGAUAUCUAUUUCCAUUGUUUAUAUAGGGAGAUAGUUGGUCAGCCCCCACAAUUUUUGUCAGGGUCGCAACGUCAAAAUGCAUAGACACCAAGUUGGAUAUGAUCCUAUUCAUAACACCCCAACUCGCAUACAUAUUAAGAAAAAUAAAUAUAUAUGGAAGAAUAUAUUUAAAAACUGAAUUAGUAAUGUCAUGCUAUUAUAUAUAUGGCAUAUAUUAUAUUAUAUAGCAUGACAUCAUUAAUUCAAUUUCUAAAUAUAUUCUUCCAUAUAUAUUUAUUUUUCGUAAUAUGUAUGCGAGUUGGGGUGUUAUGAAUAGGAUUGUAUCCAACCUGGUGUCCAUGCAUUUUGACGUUGCGACCCUGACAGAAAUUGUGGGGACAUCUGGUGACUGUCUCAAUUUGAAUCAAACAAAUUUUCCUAUUGGGCUGACCAACUAUCCCUAUAUAAACAAUGCUAUUUCAUUAAAAGGUGACCUAUUUGAAAUAAAAAUCAACCUAAAACAAAGUAAGUUAUCAAUCGAAGUAGCACAGAAAACGACAAUAAAAUAUCGUUCCCAUACCACCAGAUUGACAACAGGUGGAAUACUUUCUUUGGUUACACCUCCUGAGAUUUUCAAAAUUUAUAAAUCAUACAGGAUGCCGAGGAAAUUAAUCAUGUAUGAUUUAUAAAUUUUGAAAGUCUCAGGAGGUGUAACCAAAGAAAGUAUUCCACCUGUUGUCAAUCUGGUGGUAGGGGAACGAUAUUUAUUGUCGUUUUCUGUGCUACUUCGAUUGAUAACUUACUUUGUUUUUCGGUAUAUGGCUCUAGUACAUCCGUGACAUUUCUUUCUUUGCAAUUCGGAAAGGCCCAAAGUAUGAUACCUGGGAAAAUCGGAGAGAAGAGGAUAUGGGACUACUGAUGAGAGGAAAAGACCUCCGAAACCAGUAUAGACUCUUCCUGCACUCUCCGAUUUAACCCGAGUAUUAUGCAGCUGCUGCAUUUUCGUGUUGCAAAGAAAUUGAAAAUGUUGAUACAUUUUUAAAAAUCAACCUGUUUCAGCGUUUGUACAAGAUCCAACGAAAAUUUCCAAAUAUCAGAUUUGGAGUAUUUUCAGUGGCCAACAAUGUAUAUCUAUAUGACAAGAAAUUUUUUAGACACUUAUGAUUUAUUUUUUUACUUAUUUAUCCCCAGAUUAACAUAUUCCAUAAAAUGUUUAAUGCAAGUUUUGUUUCUGCAGUAAUUGCAUGUGGUUUGUAAGCUGGGCAAUCGUAGUAAAUGUUUGCCAUCUGCCAUUCCAGAUUCGUGUAGUUUCAGGAUUUUCAAUUUUAGUAAUAUCUUUGAGAAGCGAUCAAGAUAAUGUAAAGACACACAUAACGUACGUUAUAAUCAUUCAGCAUAUCAAAUACAGUUUAUGAAUUUUUUAAAUAAGAACGAACACAACAGGAAACUUGCAUAGAUUAAAAUUGUUGUUGUAAAAAAUAUCGAUAGUUGAUUGUGAUAGUAUUAUUUAUGUUUUAUGUGAUAUUUUUGUAUUCAAUUUAAUUUAAAUCCGAAAUGCUCAUUUUUUGACGUCAUUGGUUUAUAUAUGCGGCGCCUCUUCUUGGUUAACCUUCGGAUGACCAAGUGGGGUAAAUUUGGACCCCAACGUAUGUUUUUAUGUAAUAAAUUCAGAAAUAUUUUCAAUUUUAAACUCAUUAUUUUUUUAUUAACUUUAAUAUCAUUCUAGAUACCCUCAUAUUUUGUAAUAAAAAAAUUUCCUAUAUUUUACGAAACAUUUUUUUUUUCUAAAUUUGGGGUCAAAGACGAACUCCCUUGGCCUUCCAUGUUCCAAUUUUAUUUUAAGUAAAUACCGUCUAUUAUGUUGAAUUGUUAGUAAGAAACAUUCCAAUAGUGAAAAAAAGUUGUUUGUUAAACCUGUGGCGACGUAAAUUAGUGUAUAUUUUAAAAUUUCUUUAGUUCUAUGUUUAGAAUGAUGAUUCCUAUUUUGGUUCAGUUGUGAUUAAAAUAUGUUUUACCAAUGUUUAUUUAUUAUUAUUGAUACAAUACUAAUAUUAAAAUUACGAAUACAUUAUUUUAUUUCUUAAAACAACUUAAUUUUUUUGUCAAUUGUCAUUUUUGACUUGGGGUCAUUUUUUACCCCCGUUGGUCAUCCGUGUACCAAAAAAAAGGUUGGUCAUCGGAAGGUUAAAAGUAUAACUACUAAUGCUAAUAAGUUUAUUAAUAUAUUAGUCAAUAACAUAUCGAGAUUACCCCGUCUAUGUUUUAAAAUAACAUACAUACAGGGUGUCCCGGAAAAUAGUGCGUUCCUUUAAGGUAUGGAUAUAAUACACAAUUUGGAACAAAAAAAGUCCUAUACCAUUUUUUUCUAAAGUUAACCGUUUCCAAAAAAAAAGUAACAUUGUUUUCCGUAUUUUAAUGUUUGGAAAUUUUAAUAAACUGGCAACAUCGUACGAACUACGGAAUAAUAACAGAUAAUAAAAACUCGUUUGUGAUUGUGAUUUACAGUAUUUAAAAUAAUCCAACCUAAUAGUAGGUAUUUAUGUAUUUACUAUUUGUUUACUAAAAUUAUUUUCUUUUGAAAUGUAUUGAAAUACUUAUUGCAUAAUUUUAAACGAAUUACACAUCUUUUAACAUAAAAACACAUCUUUUAACUGAACUAGCAUUAUGUAUUUAGUAAGGUUUAAAUGUGUUGAAUGCUGAGUAUUGCUGAGGGCUUUAACUGAAUUACAUAGUUUUAAUAGUUUAAAGUGGAACUUAAAUACACCAGAUAAUGUCUCAGUAAUUUAUUUACUUGUGAACUGAAAUAACUAAGUUGUACUUACUUGAAAAUAAUUAUUAUACCGAAUAGAUGUUUCAAGUAACCUUUCACAAACACCAUUCAUACGACGAGAAAUACCGGCAAAACAUUUUGAAAGAAAUUAAUUAUAGUAUGCCUCUCCAUUUAGUGAUCUGCCAUAAAUAAUCAACGUAAUAACAUAAUCGGUAAUACACUCACGAUUCGAAAACAUUUUCGGCAUUGACACAAAACAGGAUUCUUUAGAACUAUCUGUUUACUAUCUAUCAUCUAUCUAUUUACAUGGGACUGUCUAUGCUUAAAUUCGCGUACCGCACAUAGUUGUCAGAUUUAAAUUUGCAUACCAAAAUGUAUUUUAAUUUUUUGGUCAAACGGUUGCAUUUAGAAAAAAAUUUUAUAAGAGUUUUUUGUUCUACAUGGUGCCUUCUACAUAUACCUUUAAGGAACGCACUAUUUUCCGGGACACCCUGUAUAAAAUUAGACUUUCAAUAUUGAGAGUAAAGUAAAUCUAAGACCAAAUACUUACCAUGUCGGGAUAGUAUCAUGAGGUUCUUUUUCCCCAUGCGUGUUGUUUUGAACUGUCGUUUUUAUAAAAAUUCACUCUCAAUGCAUUUUUCCCAAUCGCGCGUAAAGAAGUAUAACUUCAAUAAAAAUAUAUGCAAAUUGCCUAUAAAGAAAAGCAGGUUGAUUAGAACAGUUAGAAAAUCCUUCUAUAAACAUGAAUUUUCAAAACAGAUAUAUUCACACAUCUACAAAGAUCAGGAUGCAGAUGUCAGCAAACGGCCACACACUAGUGCAGAAAUAAAUCUACAUAAUCCUAUAUUAAGAAUAAAUUGUUGGCAAUUGGAUGACAAAAUCGGUAAUUGUAGUUACUAAUGUGACAAUUUUUCCAUUUAUUUAAUAUGCCUUCGACUGAUUUCCUUUUCUGUUUUAUUUGGAUGAUUUGAAAUAUAGAUUAUUUUAUAUACGCUUUGUUAUUGCAGUAAAUAUAUUAUUUAAGAGAUAUUGCCAAUUUAGCUCAGAUGCUUUCAGAUAUUGUUUCAAGUCAUCUAGUUUGAUCAUCACGUUGUAAUGUAAGUUAUGUACUGUUGCAUAAUGUGAUUUGUAGUAUUUUUCAUUUUUAAGUAUUUAAUGUUUUCUCUAAAACAAUACUUAAUACUUAUGUUAUUAAAUUACCACUAUAUGUUAAUCUUUUCUCCUAUUGUAAUAUUCCAAUAGCCCCUUCGGGAAAGUGGAGAAUGAAGUACGAAGUAGAUGUUCAGGACGUCAUCCCUAGUUUUUUUGGUUUUGAUUUUUGGCCUUGGUUUGGAACCUUUAGCCACGCAAUACAUAUAAAUAUUAAUAUUCAUUCAUACUGAUUGUACAGGGAGGAUACUAUUUACGCUCAGAGGUUCAUCAGAACGACUUCAUUAUAAAAAACAAAACAUAAACUACGGUCAGAUAGGUGGGCAAUAUAUAGGUACACAUUCAAAGGAAAUAUCCAUUCAAACAUUCUUUCUCCAUUUCCUUAUACUCUUUCAGGUGUCUGAUUUGGGUUGGGUUUAAAAUCAGAUACCUGACACGUGUAAAAAUAUACCAACAUUCUUUAUUUCUCCCCUUCCUUAUACCCUUUCAGGUGUCGAAUUUGGGUUUAGUUAUGCUACAUAUUCACCCAUCAGUUCCAUUCUUUUCUGUCUUGUGCUAUUAUUUUUAUUUCCUCAAGCGUUUUCGGUUAAAUCUUUCCCGCAUCUACUAUUUGAUGUAUUCAUUUUUUCCUCGACCUGCCUUUUUCUUUUUUGUUUUAUUUCUUGUUUCGUGAAUGUUUCUCGUUAGUUUAUUGGGUUUCAUUCUCAUCAGAUAUCCAUGCCAUACCUUUAAUUGUCUUUUUAUUAUUUUGUUUGGAUAUCCUUCUUAUUGUCUCAGUUGUUAUUCUAUCCCCGUAUAUGUACCAACUUAAAAUUUGUAUUUUCAGACACAAUCCCCAAAUAUGUUCAGAUGCUAUUUUUAUAUAAUUGCAAAUUAUUUGGUAACUAGCAAUCCGUAUUGAUUGCAAAAAAAUGUUUUUGAAUUAUAAGUGAUGUGCCUUGCAAAUAUUUCGUAUUUUCAGUAAAAGAUUUAAAUUUGGUCGCAUUUUUUCGACACUGGUUGUACUUGAAAGGUUUAAAUUAUAAACCUAAUAAGAUUUCUCAUGGGCAUAUAUUUCUUCGUAGGUACCUUAUUUCAAUAUAUUUUUGCUUCCAAUUUUCUUAAGAGGAUCGGUACGUAUUUUCGGCUGCAAUGCUAUUCAAAUAGGGAUUCAUUUUUUUCGAAUCCUGAGAAAACUAAUAAGUAUUUUUAAAAAAUUUAAACGCAGAAUGAAAGAUUACGUUAUUAGCGAGGGCCGAAAGUCCCUGAGAACUUCUAUAAUGUUUAUUUUAAUAAGUUACAGGGGUGAAAAACUAAGAGAAAAUUUAGUGUGAUUUUUAAUUUCAAAUAUACCAUUCAAAAUAAACUUUUUAUUUAUUCUAAGGGACUUUCGGCCCUCGGUAAUAAUUUAGUCUUUCAUUCUGCGCUUAAAUUUUUCAAAAAUAUUUAUUGGUUUUUUCAGGAUUCGAAAAAAAUCAACACAAUGCCGUGGUAAUAUUUUCCAAAUCUAUCUUUGUCUUACAACGCACUCAGCCGAAUAUAAUAUUGUUAGCAUAUAUUGUCAGUCAGACACUGACAAUCAGUGACAAUUUUAAAUAUUUGACAUUGCAUCGGGAAUAUUUUGAGUUAUUGAUUAAAUAUUAUUGAUAUAUAGUGUAUUUGAUAAAUAAUUGAUUUAAGACGUGAACUUAAUAAAAAGUUAUUUAUUGUGUAUUAUUUGUGGAAGAUCCAAGCAGAGAAUACAUCAGGAUAAUAUAUUCUGUGAUCCAAGUAUUUUGUUGUUAAAGAUGUUCAAAAUUGUAAGCGUUCCAUAACAAUAUAUUAUUAAAAAAUCACUUUCAACACUUUUCCUCUUUUCUCGAUUGAGUAUUAGUUUUUGUUGUACAAAUAAAUUAUUACAAUCACUGAAUACAUAGUUAGUGAAAAAAUUAUUACAUUUAUUAACUGAAUUAAUAAUUUGCAAUUAUAAAAAUAACAGUUAUCCAAGAACGUUCAAAACCCAUCUCUUUAAAUUAAUGAUGACAUUUUCAAGUAGAAUGACAUUCCAGUAAUGUUUACAUAUCCAUACCAGUGUGAAUUUUACUACACGUAAUUUGCCGUGUAAAGACAUAAAAAGUAGGGAUACACGUAAAAUAUUUCUGAAUUAUGUACCCAUAGCCUUAAGAAUUUUCAUUGUUUUUUAGAUAAUCUUUGAUAAUCUUGUCGAUACUCUUUUUUUCGUAGCACUACAACCCGGGAUGGGUCUUAUCUGACAGCACAACUCACUUCCAUCUCGAACAGUCGUCCAUGGUAGUUGGGUCAGUGGCCAGCCCCAUUCUUCUUAAAACUGACUAUAUAUUGUCCCUCCAUCGCAUUCUUGAACGUCCUAAGGGUAUUCUUUCUGUGGAGAUUUCUUCCCAGAUUAUCUUUAGCAAGGCGGUUAUUAGGGAGUCUAUGGACAUCCAUCUUAGAAGUUGGGAUUUAAUUUCUUGGACUACUUCGCUCGCCCUAUACAUCUGCUUGACCUCGGCAUUUGUUAUCAUUCGGUAUUGGUUGCUAUUAGGGUCGUGAUAAGGUAUGCUUAUUUUUCUGAGGAUUUUUCUCUCAAAACAUUUAAGUUUUUUGAUACUAAGACUGAUGAUUUUAUCUAAUUAUUUAUAAGAACUGAUUUGUUAUAAAUUCUUCCACAAAUUUAAAUAUUUUGGACAUACUCGAAUCUUUCUGGCAUGAUUAACACUGAUAUUUUUUGAUGGUAUUAAACCACAAUUAACAGUAAUAUCAAUUAUUACAUUAAAAAUAUGAAAUUUAUCUUUAACCUAAAAGGUUGAUUGAUAAAUAUUUAAGGGUAAUACAACAAUUUUAGACGAUUUCCGCAUUGGAGAUAAAAACACCAAAACAUACUGAAAAAUGUAAUUGUUAUUAAGGACAGAAUAGCGACUGAUGAACAGGAUAGCUGUAUAGCCAAGAAUACAGUAUUAACAAUGAACAUCGAGAAGACAAAAUUUAUGAGAAUAUCUAAAACUCGUAAAGAAAUAACGAGAAUCUCCUCAUAAACGGAACCAAUGUCGAACGUAUAGACCAAUAUGCAAAUUUUGGAACAAUAAUCAACUCCACAAAUGGUUACUUCCAGGAAAUUAAAAUUAGAAUAGAAAGGGCUAAAGCAAAUUUUAACAAAAUGAGAAGAGUUUGUCUUCACAAGAGAUUUGAAGUUGGAGCCAAGAGUUAGGUUGGCUAGGUGUUACGUUUUCUGGACUUUGUUUUAUGAAAUGGAAGCUUGGACCUUGAAUACGGCAUCAAUGAUAAAACUGGAAUCAUUCGAGUUGUGGGUGUAUAGAAGAAUCCUGAAAAUAUAGACAGAAUAUGUCACAAACAAAGAAAUUAAAUACAGUCGAACCCGCUUAUUGGAAUAGCCUUCGUGCCAAGCAAAAGUAUUGCUUUAACGGGGGUAUUCUAAUAACCGAUCACUGAUGGCUAGUAAGAACAUUUCGGGACCUAAAAUUUAUAUUCCUUAAGCGGUAUUCUAAUAAGCGGGUUCGACUGUAAAUAAGUCUUAAAUACAAUCAAAACCAGAAAAUUAUAAUAUCUCGGGACAUUUUACAAGUGGAGAGAGAACCAACGUGCUCCAACCUUUUUCUUUUUUCAUCUUUAAAGAGGGGGGUCUGGAAUCUUCAAAAGACACCUCAGUCCAGAACGCCGCCUGACUGACCUUAGUGCAGGAUUCAUUCUUGGUAGUACCAGCGAUAGUUCCCGAGGUACUUUAAAACGCUCUCUCGUCGCCGAGGCUACGCCGAAUGCCUACCUGCUAAACCAGACCCUCCUCUGUCAUCCAGCGCUCCGAAAGCGGAAUGGCCACUGCAAGGUCGACAUCGCUUCCGAAGCACUUUACCUUCAUUUAUCCACAGACUGUAAGCAAGGAGGCCCUUCAUUUUCCCCAUUCCCCCCUUUUUUGGUCCCAAGAUUGGGCUUUUUUUAUUAUUAGAGCUUCUUUCCCAGUCUGUCUCAUACAAUAUAUCUCAUAUAUUCGCCUCCCGUCAAAACUUAUUCCCUCUGCCUUCUACUCACAGUAUAUUUCCCUCUCACCCCUAUCGUUGGUACAGCUGUUUUUUCUCCUCUUCUUUCUUCUUGAUCACUACACGGAUAUAGUUGUGUAUGCUCCAUGCUCCAACUGAUUAUACAGGAAAAGAUCCAAGGAAAAAGAAGCAUAGGGAGACGUAUAUGCUUCUUUUCAUGAGCAUUUUUCAGUGCGUCACAAAUGAUAGAAAAAAGGUAAGUCCGUUAUAAUAUACAUUUUAGUGACAUGUCAUUUUAGUUAAAUCUGACAGUUGUCACAUUUUAUUUGCAAUUUGGCAAAAAACAAAUCAAUUCCGUUUAUUGCAUUUAUAAAAUGGUAUUUUCUUUGAUUUAUAUAGUCUUAUAAAUUGUUCAGAUUAUAUUCGUAGAUAUAUUAUAUAAUUCGCAAAUUAUUUUAUUUUCGAUUAUAGCGCCAUCUAUUGACAACUAGAAUAAAUGUUAUAAAUGUCACCGACGAAAUGUAAUCAAUGACGUGUGUUUAUUUCUGUCACAUACAAUUUAAUGCGUUAGAAAGGAAUCGAAAAACUGUGACGCACUGAAAGAUCCUCAUGAGAAAAAGCAUAUCAUGGCUGCGCAACCUGAGAAAAUGUUGCGGAUGUACAUCAAAGAACUUCUCAGCGCAGCCGUCUCUGAAGUCCGAAUAUCUACGAUGAUUGCUGACCUCCGUCGCGUAGAUCGCACUUGGAGAAGGAGAAUUGCCAUUACAAUAAACUAGUUUUAUUCCAUCCAAAAACUAUGAAUUUAUGUCGAAUAUUCAUCAUAGAAUGUAAUGUAUAUCUUCUGAUAUUUUUUCGGUGAUCAGUUUAUACGCAAUUACGAUUUCUCUCAUAAUUAACGCGUAAAUCUAAUUUCCAGAAGAGUUCUACGACAGUCUUCUAGUGUGCUGAAGGUUUCUUUGAGUAAACUUAGUUUUUUAAUAUCUUAUUGGGAAUAUACCACAAUUAGUAAAAUAUUUUUUAUUUAAAGUUUCAACUUUCACAUUUUCUUUUUAUGAUUUUUCUUAUUCUCAUCGUUUAUGUAAAAUCUCUACAAUACUGGAUAUGUCUAAUGUCCAGUUCACAUCAAAUGUCUUAAUGCAUUUUGCUCAUAACGUUUUAGCGUUGAUUGAUACAUAUACAAGGUACUGGUAUACUGAUACAAUGUAUCAAUCGACGGUUUUAGGAUAUCUAAAUGAAAUGAUAAAUGGGAGAAAAGAAAUUGUUUAUUUUUAACAAUAGUACAUUUAUAAAAAAAGAUUUCUUUAAUAUUUUUAACCAAGUGACUGAAAUGCAAAGCCAAAUAAAAUUUUGGCACACUGGUUUUAGUGGAACAGACUCACUGUGAAACGUAUAAAUGCAAAUAAACGAAUAUUCAAAAUUUAUUCAAAUAUAUUUUAAAAACAAUUGGUAAUAACAAUAUAAAUAUAUAACCACCAAAAUAAACAGCAACAUAUUAAUACACAUAAAAAUAAGAGUAUUUAUGGAUAUCAAAAGUUUUUAAUCAGUUGUGUCUCACAGUUAGGCUGUUCCAUAGUCUUUAACACCGUAACACUAAAAUUACAGUUUGUCCAAAUUUUUUACAUAUUAUGUAUAUCAAUAACAAAGAAAUAAAAUGUGAUUUGUAAAUAAAAAUAAACUCUUUUUUAAGUAUA